AUGGCUGAAGCCCUGGGCAUUGCCUCGGCAUUGAUUGCCAUAGUCACGGCGACGAUACAGACAAGCCAAACUCUGUAUGGUACAAUUCAGAGCUUUCGUAGUCAUCAGCGAACGGUUCAGCAACUUUUGGACGAACUUUCAGCCCUGAAAGAGGUUCUCCAGUCCCUGGAGACUCACAUCCAGAUCGAAGAUGACGCGACGUUAGCGUCGCUCAAGACGCCUCUCCUUCAAUGUCGUCGAGCUUGUGCUGAUUUCGAUACGCUGAUGAUUGAGUGCAGCAGCCGCUCCGCUACGGUCACCAUGCAGCUGCUUGGGGAGUACAAGGACAUGAUUCACAGCACGACUCAAGAUCUAGAGGAUCACCUCGAAGAUAUCAACGAGAAAUUGAGUCGUCUUACUUCAAACGACAUACAUUCAUCCCAGGCAGUCACCACCAACAUAGAUCGGAUCCAGAACGAGAGGGACAGCACAGAGGUUUGCCUUCAGAUCUGUGCUAAUGUCCAGGCUCAUAUCGACACCAUGCGCCUUCAACCUAUUCCAGGCAGUCCACCAUUCCAAGGGACGUCCUGCCAGAACUUGGGGCAUGCAACUGUCAUAACUCUAUCGACUUUGGACCACUGCAAGCAGGUGAUAUCUGACAACGUGUCGGAGUUGCACAGGCACCAAGAUGAGAAUAAGAGACGAUUGGCACGAGGAACCAGCGAGAUUUCACUGCCUACAGAAACCGACAUUCAGAGCUUGAGGAAGGAGCUCGACAGUACUAAGAAAUGUUUGGCCAUAUGCAACGCCGCAUCACAAAGAGCAGUCAAGGGGGUCCAUGUACUGGAGGACAUGAGCACAGGUCAUGAUGGACAGCAGCUGUUUGUCUCUACUCUGGGGGAUCUUUUCAACGUCAAAGGAGCGAGCACAGGUGACAGAGGUAUACAAUUUGUGGGGUCGGUGUCUGAAGAGGCACUAGGGAUGUUCUUCCAGAGCCAAACGAAAAAAUAG